AUGCUUUCCUUCAGAACCAGAGGCUACAACGGCUACGCCGUUCAGUACUCUCCAUACUUCGACAACAAGCUUGCUGUGGCCACGGCUGCCAACUACGGCUUGGUGGGAAACGGGCGUCUUUUCGUGUUGAACAUCGAGCCCAACGGAACCAUUUCCAGUCCCAUCUCGUGGGAGACACAGGACGGAUUGUUCGACAUAGCAUGGAGUGAGAUCCACGAAAACCAGCUCACGGCCGCUAGUGGUGAUGGUUCCAUCAAGCUCUUCGACUUGACUGUGGGUGAGUUUCCCGUGAUGAACUGGAAGGAGCACACACGAGAAGUGUUCUCGGUCAACUGGAACUUGGUCGACAAGGCCAACUUCGUCAGUGCCAGCUGGGACGGCACCAUCAAGAUCUGGUCGCCUCAACGUGCACAGUCUCUUUUGACGUUGAAUCCCGGGUCCACCGACUACACCACCAGAACAUCUCCCCUCCAACAAACAGCAAAGCCUCCCAUGUCCCACCAACAACAGCACCAGGGAGCCAAUACGGCUCAGUGCAUCUACAACGCAUCGUUCUCGCCCCACUCGCCGUCGACGUUGAUCAGCUGUGAUGGCUCGUCCCACGUCCAGAUCUGGGAUACCAGACAACCCCAUCCGUUGCAGAUCGACUGGGUGGCCCAUGGAGGCAUGGAGACCCUCUCGUGCGACUGGAAUAAGUACAAGUCGACCAUAGUGGCGUCAGCAGGAACAGACAAGUCGGUACGAGUGUGGGACUUGCGAAUGCUUACCAACAUCGACCAGCCUCAGUCGCAGGCACCCAUGCCUGCCUACCAUAUCCGAGGUCCUACGCCGUUGAACCAGCUCUUGGGCCACGAGUUUGCGGUCAGAAAGGUCCAGUGGUCGCCCCAUGACUCCCAGGAACUCUUGAGCACCUCCUACGACAUGACAGCUCGGGUGUGGAGGGACGAGUCCAACGACAGAGCCCGUUUUUUGAACAUGAAUAACGGAGGAUGUAAGGGUGUGAUGGGUGCACACAAGGAGUUUGUCAUUGGAUGCGACUACAGCUUGUGGGGUGAGCCAGGGUGGGCUGCCACCACUGGCUGGGACGAGAUGGUGCACGUCUGGGAUUCCAAGAGAUUAUGA